AGUUUUAUGUAUAAUUUAUACUGAAUUUUCAAAAUAUAUUAUGUUACCUCAGAUUGAAAACUUAAUCAAAAAGUUCAAUGGAAUUCGUACAAAUUUUGAAUGAGAAUCAAAUUAUUCUCAUAAAUCAUCUAUAAUUAAAACAGCAUAAACCUAUGGAAUAGUUUCAAAUACGUACCUAUUGUUUGAAAGUUAUUUUUUCCUUAGUUUCGUCAAUUUGAUAUAAGGUAUUCGUAAACUUUCAUGUGUGGUACAAAAAAUAAAUUGUUUAUGAGAUUGCAUAUGUAGAGAACUCUGUAAUAUUCUUUCCAGGCUGGUUAAAAAAUGACAAAGAAUAAAUAUAAAAAUGGAAAUGAAGAAAAGAACAGCAAAGUUAAAGUAAAGCAGAAAAGAAAAGCAGACAGUUCAGAAAGUGAUGAUGAUAAAACAGAAACAAAUAAAUCCUACAAGAAAAAACGUAAUGCAGAGACCUCAACUAGUUCGUCCUCGUCAGAUUCUAGCAGUUCUACAAGUAGCACCAGCAGUGACUCAAGCACUGAUCAUGUUUCUAAAUCAAAAAAUAAAGUAAGGAAAAAGAGAAAAAAAUCAAGUUCUACCUCGACAACCAGUAGUUCAAGUGAAUCUUCAGUUUCAGAAGAAAAAAACAAUAAAAAGAAAAGAAAGGUUUUAAGAAAAAAACGACCGCCUAAAGAAACAGGCACAUCAUCCACAUCAAUUACAUCUAGUAGUAGUUCAUCUAGUGAUGAGAAGUCUAAGAAGAAAAAGAAGGGAAAAUUGAGAGAGACAAAUGAUUCAAUGGAUAUUCCAUUAAGCUUAAUGGAUAAAAGUAAAUCACUGGCUCCAAUGAGUAAGGAAGAAUGGGAAAAGAAACAAGCCACAAUUAAGAGAGUUUUUGAUGAAUCUACUGGGCGUCACAGGUUGAUAAAAGGAGAUGGAGAAAUAUUGGAAGAAAUCGUUAGUAGAGAACGACACAAAGAAAUUAAUAAAAAUGCUACCAAAGGAGAUGGAGAAUACUUUCAAAAUAAAUUAUCCAAUACUUUAAAGAAAUAGCUUUAAGUAGUUAUAUGUUUUCUUAAAUUCGUAAAAUAUUUUUAAUAUAGCUAUUCAAUAAAAUGUAGUAAUUAGAUUUUAAUCGUUGAAAAAUAAAGUACUUAAUAUGUU